AUGUCAGAGCAGCUGGGGAAUUUGGCAUGGAGUGGGUUUAAGUUUACGUUUGGACUGGCGAGUUUGGCACAAAUCUAUACGGUAGCGGUGUUCAAGAAUGGGGCGCUGUGGGCAAAAGACAGCGCUGCUGAGAAGCGCGAGUUGACUGGUGCACAAGAUCGAUUCUGGAGUUUAGAUCGCGAGCCGCUGCCGGGGUUUAAACACAAGUUUUUCGACACGAGCAAGGGGGUGAGGAUACAUUAUGUUGUACAUGAGGGGGAUCAGUCGUCAGAGAAAAUUAAGAAUCUCGCGAUUUUUAUACAUGGUUUCCCCGACUCCUACAUCAUAUGGCGACACCUCCUCCAAUCCCCCUCGCUACAACAAGACACCAUUCUCGUUGCCGUCGAUAUCCCCGGCUAUGGUGGCUCAGACACCCUUCCUACAUACGGAGCAAACGACAUGCUUGAAGCGAUCAGCGAAUUCAUGAUUAGCAUACGAGAGCAGUAUCUACAAGAAGGUAGCAAAACCGUAGCCGUAACACACGACUGGGGCUCCAUCAUCGGCGCCCGUCUCGCAGCAGAAGCCCACGUCCUAGCAGAUCACUGGAUCAUAACCGGCGGUAUCAUACCCGGACAUCAAGCCUCCAACAUCCACCACCGAAUCCAGCUUGCAAAACAAAUGCUACACACUUGGGUCUCCUCACCGCGCAACACACGCCUCCUCAAGAACGGCCUCAAUGCCCUCCGCCCCAUCGCCAGCCAAUUCAAACACUCCUUCUACAUCUUCAUUUUCCACCUCCCCCGCCCCUUCAGCGCUGGUUUCGCAACCUUCGGAAACUACUGGUUCCUCCGUAUCCUUCACACACUGGGUAAACCCCACCAGCCCACCUCCAAAACCCCCAAACAAAGCUCAAAAUCCGUAACGCCCGCCCCCAUGGAUCCCAUCGAAGUCGCAGAAGCAAUGGCCACGUCCACCGGCCCCAACUCACAACAACUCCGCACCAAAACCCCCGAAGGGACUUCCUACCCUCCCUCCCUACAAACCCGCCUCACAGACCGCGGCAUGUCCGAGAAAAUCAGGAUAUACCGCGAAAACCUGUUUUUCGGGCCUUGGGAGAAGAGUCUGGAAACGACGGCGGCGCUCUACAACAUCGCUUCGAACCCUAUGCAUUCCUCGAGUUCAAAUGCAGGAACACUGGCGAAUACGGCGCCAAAGGGUGCGCUGAAAGCGCCUGCAACGCUCAUGAUGGGACAGAGGGAUUUGGCGUUUGAUCAACGGCUUGCGCUGGAUGGGGCGAAGGAGUUUAUGGUUAAGGGAAGUCAGGUUGUUGUUGUCAAGGGAGCGGGUCAUUGGUUACAGCUUGAACAUACGGGACGCCGGAUUCUGGAAAAGACGCUGCAGUGGGCGCUGAGGAGUGAUACAAAGACGAGUGUGAUACCCUUUGAUUCUAUGAGCGACGUGCGGGUUCUUGAGAGGUUGUAA